UGCAGCGGACUCGCUCUGCCCUGGGUUGCCUUGGCGACGCGUGCCUGCAGGCUCCCGGGGCCCCUGAGGGCCACAAGGGGCAGUUUCUUAGUGUGGCCCCAAGCGUCGGCCUAGGGAGGAGAGGGUCGGCGUGGUGAGGUUUUGCCUUCACGAUGUCUAGCAAAGCUGAGAAGAAGCGAAAACUGGGUGGCCCAGGAGGUUCCCGGGCAGGCCAUGCAGGCCAACCUGCUCAAGCUGCUGUGACCCCAGGAUCUGCUGAGGCUGCCCUAUCCACAACUGAGAAGGAGCCAGAGUCUGAACCCAUCAAGGAGGAGCUUGUGGCAGUCCGGGAGGAACAUAUGCCUCUUAAAGAACUGGAGACCCUGACAGAUGUGAAGCCCUUUUUCCUCUCUCGAGCUAUGUUGACGGGGCUGGCAGAUGCAGUGUGGACACAGGAGCAUGAUGCCAUUCUGGAACACUUUGCCCAGGAUCCCGUGAAAUCUAUCCUCACCAUCUUUGUUGACCCUGUUUUGGGGCUGAAGCUGGAGCUGGGCAUGCCUGUACAGACCCAGAAUCAGAUUGUGUACUUCAUUCGCCAAGCACUGGUUCCCAUCACCCCAGAGAACUUCGAGGCAACUGUGCAGUAUGGAACAGUGCGGGGCUCCUACAUCCCAGCUUUGCUUCGAUUGCUCAAUGGUGUCUAUGUCCCUCAGAUCUUUGUGAAUACAACUUGGCCUGAAAGCAUUAGAAAUCAUUUUGUUUCACACCUGCACAGGUUCUUAGCCUGCCUGACAGACAUCCGGUACAAACUGGAGGGGCACACCGUCUUCUACAUUCCUAUAGAGGCCAUGAACAUGAUGCCCGAGGCAGUGGUGAAGGACAAAGAGCUGGUACAGCGACUGGAAACCUCCAUAAUCCACUGGACCAGGCAGAUCAAGGAGGUGCUCAGUGCCCAGGAGUCUGUAGAGACUGGAGAAAAUUUAGGUCCUUUGGAAGAGAUCGAGUUCUGGCACAACCGAUGCAUGGACCUGUCUGGCAUCAGCAAGCAGCUGGUGAAACAGGGAAUGAAGCACAUUGAGUCUAUCCUGCAACUGGCCAAGUCAUCCUACUUGUUACCUUUUAUGAAGCUGGCCCAGCAGAUCCAGGAUGGCUCUCGCCAAGCACAGUCAAACCUGACUUUCUUGUCAAUCCUGAGGGAACCCUACCAGGAGCUGGCCUUCAUGAAACCUAAGGACAUUUCAGACAAGCUCCCUAGGCUAAUCAGUCUCAUCCGUAUCAUUUGGGUCAACUCUCCCCACUACAACACUCGGGAAAGAUUGACUGCCCUCUUCCGGAAGGUAUGUGACUGUCAGUACCACUUUGCCCGUUGGGAAGAUGGCAAGCAAGGUCCCCUUCCUUGCUUCUUUGGUGCCCAGGGGCCGCAGAUCACAAGAAACUUGCUAGAAAUUGAGGACAUCUUUCAUAAAAAUCUGCAAACACUUCGAGCUGUUCGAGGGGGCAUCCUGGAUGUCAAGAACACUUCUUGGCAUGAAGACUAUAAUAGAUUCCGUGCUGGUAUCAAGGACCUGGAGGUGAUGACCCAGAACUUGAUCACUUCGGCCUUUGAGUUAGUUCGAGAUGUGGAGCAUGGAGUACUCCUGCUGGACACCUUCCACAGGCUGGCUGCCCGGGAGGCCAUCAUGAGGACAUAUGAGAAGAAAGCAGUGGAUCUCUACAUGCUGUUCAAUAGCGAACUAGCACUGGUGAACUGUGAACUGAACAAGAAGUGGCCAUACCAGGUGCCCUACAUGGCUCAGUUUUCCGGACAGGCGCACUGGGUGCGGAUCCUUCGGCGACGCAUCGACAGAGUCAUGAAUUGCCUUUCUGGUGCCCAUUUCCUGCCUCAUAUUGGGACUGGAGAGGAGAGCGUUCACACGUAUCUGCAGAUGGUUCAAGCCAUCGAUGAACUGGUUCGAAAAACCUUCCAAGAGUGGACGGCAACGCUGGACAAGGACUGCAUUCAGCGCCUGGAUACACCACUAUUACGAAUCAGCCAGGAGAAGAUGGGCAUGCUGGAUGUCAACUUUGACAAGACGCUUCUGAUUCUCUUUGUGGAGAUCGAUUACUGGGAGCGGCUGCUGUUUGAGACGCCCCACUAUGUGAUGAACGUGGCAGAACGAGCCGAGGACCUGCGCAUUCUGCGGGAGAAUCUGCUACUUGUUGCUCGAGACUACAACAGGAUUAUUGCCAUGCUGUCUCCAGAUGAGCAGGCCCUGUUCAAAGAGUGUAUCCGAUUCCUGGAUAAGAAGAUCCACCCAGGACUGAAGAAGCUGCAUUGGGCCCUGAAAGGGGCCAGUGCCUUCUUUAUCACUGAGUGCCGCAUACACGCCAGCAAGGUACAGAUGAUUGUGAAUGACUUCAAGGCCUCCACUUUGACCAUUGGCUGGCGGGCCCAGGAGAUAUCAGAAAUGCUACUGGUGCGUGUCAGUGGCAAACGGGUGUACAGGGGCCUGGAGUUCGAGGAGACGCAGAGAGAACACCGGAUGGCUGUACAGCAGAAACUGAUGAGCCUGCAUCAGGAUGUGGUGAACAUCAUGACCAACUCCUACGAAGUCUUCAAGAAUGAUGGCCCUGAGAUUCAGCAGCAGUGGUUGCUGUACACGAUUCGGCUGGACCACAUGAUGGAGGAUGCCCUCCGCCUGAAUGUGAAGUGGUCACUGCUGGAACUAUCCAAGGCCAUCAAUGGGGAUGGCAAGACCAUUCCGAACCCACUUUUCCGAGUACUUGUCAUCUUACAGAAUGAUACACAGGGAGGUGUGGCACAGGUGGAAUUCUCACCUACCCUUCAGACUUUGGCAAGUGUGGUCAAUGACAUUGGCAGCCACCUCUUUUCCACCAUUUCUGUCUUCCACCACCUCCCUGAUAUCCUCAUCAAAUGCAAGAUACAUCGAGAACCCAUCCAUGUACUUGUGGAGCGAGAUGAGGACAUUAAGAAAAUCCAGGCCCAGAUCAGCAGUGGCAUGACUAACAACGCAAGCCUGAUGCAGAAUUACCUCAAGACCUGGGACAUGUAUCGGGAAAUCUGGGAGAUCAACAAGGACUCCUUCAUUCGUCGCUACCAGCGCCUUAAUCCCCCUGUCUCUUCUUUUGAUGCUGACAUUGCCCGCUACACGGAGGUGGCUAACAAUGUGCAGAAGGAGGAGACGGUCCUCAACAUUCAGUUUGUACUGCUGGACUGUUCACACCUCAAGUUCUCAUUGGUGCAGCACUGCAACGAGUGGCAGAACAAGUUCACGACUCUGCUCAAGGAGAUGGCUGCUGGGCGCCUGCUGGAGCUGCAUACCUACCUGAAGGAGAACGCUGAGAAAAUCAACUGCCCUCCCCAGACGCUGGAGGAACUGGGGGUCAGUUUGCAGCUCAUGGAUACCUUGCAGCAUAAUUUGCCCAGCCUGGAGACUCAGAUCCCUCCCAUUCAUGAGCAGUUUGCCAUUCUGGAGAAGUAUGAAGUGCAGGUUCCGGACAGUGUAUUGGAGAUGCUGGACAGCCUCAAUGGGGAGUGGGUCACCUUCCAACAAGUACUGCUGGACAGUGAGCAAAUGUUGAAGAAACACAAAGAGAAAUUCAAGACUGGCCUUAUUCACUCUGCUGAUGAGUUCAAGAAGAAGGCACACAACCUCCUGGAAGAUUUUGAACUCAAAGGGCCUUUCAUCAGUGGCGUGGGCCACACGGCUGCACUGGAUCAGAUAGCGCAGGUGCGGGCCAUGCUGAAUGCCAUGCGGGAGGAAGAGAACAGUCUCCGUGCCAACCUGGGCAUCUUCAAGAUUGAGCAGCCCGUCUCCAAGGACCUUCAGAACCUGGAGAAGGAGCUUGAUGCGCUCCAGCAAGUGUGGGAGAUCACUCGGGACUGGGAGGAGAGCUGGAACCAGUGGAAGACUGGCUGUUUCCUGACCCUACAGACCGAGGCCAUGGAGACCAUGGCGCAUGGACUGUUCCGUCGUCUCACAAGACUAGCCAAAGAGUAUAAGGACCGAAACUGGGAAAUUAUUGAAUCCACUCGCUCCAAAAUAGAGCAGUUCAAGAGGACCAUGCCGCUCAUCUCAGACCUGUGGAACCCUGCCCUCAGAGAGAGGCACUGGGACCAGGUCAAGGAUGAAGUUCAACAGGAGUUUGAUCAGGAAUCAGAAAGCUUCACCUUGGAGCAGAUUGUGCAACUUGGGAUGGAUCAGCACGUGGAGAAGAUUGCGGAGAUCUCUGCCUCAGCAACCAAAGAGCUGACUAUAGAAUUGGGAUUACAAAACAUUGCCAGUACCUGGGAUAUGAUUCAGCUAGACAUAGUACCCUACAAGGACAAAGGCCAUCACAGGCUCAGAGGUACAGAAGAAGUAUUCCAGGCCCUGGAAGACAACCAGGUGGCUCUGUCAACCAUGAAGGCAUCACGUUUUGUCAAGGCUUUUGAGAAGGAUGUGGACCACUGGGAGCGCUGUCUCUCCCUCAUUUUGGAGGUUAUUGAGAUGGUACUCACAGUGCAACGUCAGUGGAUGUACCUAGAGAACAUCUUUCUUGGAGAAGACAUCCGCAGACAACUGCCCAAUGAGUCAACCCUAUUUGACCAGGUCAACAACAGCUGGAAGUGCAUCAUGGACCGGAUGAGCAAGGACAAUAAUGCUCUCCAGAGCACCCACUACCCAGAUCUCCUGGACACAUUGAUAGAAAUGAAUGCAAUCCUGGAGGACAUUCAGAAGUCUCUGGACAUGUACUUAGAGACCAAGCGCCAUAUAUUUCCCCGCUUCUACUUCUUGUCCAAUGAUGACCUGCUGGAGAUUCUGGGCCAGUCCCGCAACCCAGAGGCUGUGCAGCCACACCUUAAAAAAUGUUUUGACAACAUCAAAUUACUGAGAAUCCAAAAGGUUGGUGGCACCAGCAGCAAAUGGGAAGCAGUGGGCAUGUUCUCAGGUGAUGGCGAAUAUAUUGAUUUCCUCCACCCAGUACUUUUAGAAGGGGCUGUGGAGUCCUGGCUUGGUGAUGUGGAACGGGCCAUGAGGAUGACCCUGCGGGAUCUGCUCCGGAACUGCCGACUGGCCCUCAAGAAGUUCCUCAAUAAGAGGGACAAAUGGGUGAAGGAAUGGGCUGGCCAGAUGGUGAUCACCGCUAGUCAGAUCCAGUGGACGGCUGAUGUCACCAAGUGCUUGAUGACAGCUAAGGAGCGGUCAGACAAGAAAAUUCUCAAGGUCAUGAAGAAGAAGCAGGUGUCAAUUCUAAAUAAGUAUUCAGAAACCAUCAAGGGGAACUUGACCAAGAUCAUGAGGCUUAAAAUUGUGGCUCUGGUGACUAUAGAAAUUCAUGCACGUGAUGUGUUGGAGAAGCUUUAUAAGAGUGGCCUCUUGGAUGUCAAUUCCUUUGACUGGCUCAGCCAACUUCGGUUCUACUGGGAGAAGGAUCCUGAUGAUUGUACAAUCCGCCAGACCAACACACAAUUCCAAUAUGGUUAUGAGUACCUGGGGAACUCUGGACGGCUAGUCAUCACUCCCCUGACAGACAGGUGUUACAUGACACUGACCACAGCGCUGCACCUGCAUCGAGGGGGCUCCCCCAAAGGCCCGGCAGGCACUGGAAAGACAGAGACAGUCAAGGACCUGGGCAAGGCCCUGGGUAUAUAUGUCAUUGUGGUCAACUGUUCAGAGGGCCUGGACUAUAAGUCCAUGGGCCGAAUGUACUCAGGCCUGGCACAGACUGGAGCCUGGGGCUGCUUUGAUGAGUUUAACCGCAUCAACAUUGAGGUCCUGUCGGUGGUGGCCCAGCAGAUUCUGUCCAUCCUAUCUGCCUUGGCUGCCAACCUCACUCGUUUCCAUUUUGAGGGAUUUGAAAUAAAUCUGGUGUGGUCUUGUGGGAUCUUCAUUACCAUGAAUCCUGGCUAUGCUGGUCGCACAGAGCUCCCUGAAAAUCUUAAAUCCAUGUUUCGUCCAAUUGCCAUGGUGGUGCCUGAUUCUACCCUUAUUGCAGAAAUUAUUCUCUUUGGGGAGGGCUUUGGCAACUGCAAGAUCCUGGCCAAGAAGGUGUAUACACUCUACUCACUGGCUGUGCAGCAGCUCUCCAGACAGGACCAUUACGACUUCGGCCUGCGCUCCAUCACCUCCCUUCUGCGCUAUGCUGGCAAGAAGCGCCGCCUGCAGCCAGAUCUGGCGGAUGAAGAGGUUCUGCUGCUCUCAAUGAGAGACAUGAAUAUUGCCAAGCUAACGUCUGUUGAUGUGCCGCUGUUCAAUGCCAUUGUGCAAGAUCUUUUUCCCAACGUUGAGUUGCCAGUCAUUGACUAUGGCAAGCUACAGGACACCAUUGAGCAGGAGAUUCGAGAUAUGGGCCUGCAAACCACUUUGUUUACCCUCACCAAGGUUUUCCAGUUGUAUGAAACCAAAAUCUCCCGUCACUCCACCAUGAUUGUGGGUGGCACAGGCAGCGGCAAAAGUACCUCCUGGAAAAUUCUGCAGGCCUCCAUGACCACCUUGUGCCGUGCUGGAGAACCCAACUUCAACCUUGUUAGAGAGUUCCCUUUGAACCCAAAGGCGUUGUCCUUAGGGGAGCUCUAUGGAGAAUAUGACCUCAGCACUAAUGAAUGGACAGAUGGCAUCUUGUCUAGUGUCAUGCGGACUGCAUGUGCAGAUGAGAAACCGGAUGAGAAAUGGAUCCUUUUUGAUGGCCCUGUGGACACACUGUGGAUUGAGAGCAUGAACUCUGUCAUGGAUGACAACAAGGUGCUGACCCUCAUCAAUGGAGAACGUAUUGCAAUGCCUGAGCAGGUGUCUCUCUUAUUUGAAGUGGAUAACUUGGCAGUGGCCUCUCCAGCCACUGUCUCCCGCUGUGGGAUGGUCUACACUGAUUAUGCUGACCUGGGCUGGAAGCCUUAUGUUCAAUCAUGGCUGGACAAGAGGCCAAAGAUGGAAGUAGAGCCCCUUCAACGCAUGUUUGAAAAGUUCAUCAACAAGAUACUGACCUUUAAGAAGGAAAACUGCAAUGAGCUGGUGCCCCUCCCUGAGUACAGCAGCAUCAUUUCCCUCUGCAAACUCUACUCAGUCCUGGCCACACCAGAGAAUGGGGUGAACCCAGCUGAUGGUGAAAACUAUGCCACUAUGGUAGAAAUGACUUUUGUGUUCAGCAUGAUCUGGUCUGUGUGCGCCUGUGUGGAUGAGGAUGGGCGCAAGAAGAUUGACAGUUACCUUCGAGAAAUUGAAGGCUCCUUUCCGAAUAAGGACACGGUGUAUGAAUAUUUUGUGAACCCCAAGAUGCGGUCUUGGACAUCAUUUGAGGAGAAACUCCCUAAAAGUUGGCGUUACCCUCCAAAUGCCCCUUUCUAUAAGAUCAUGGUGCCUACUGUCGACACUGUUAGAUACAACUACCUGGUGAACACCUUGGUGGCCAGCCAGAAUCCUGUCCUGCUGGUGGGUCCAGUGGGAACUGGGAAGACCUCCAUAGCUCAGAGUGUUCUCCAGUCCUUGCCCUCUAGCCAGUGGUCUGUCCUCAUUGUCAACAUGUCUGCACAGACCACAUCCAACAAUGUGCAGAGCAUCAUUGAGAGCAGAGUGGAGAAGCGAACCAAGGGUGUGUACGUGCCAUUUGGAGGCAAAAGCAUGAUCACCUUUAUGGAUGACUUAAACAUGCCAGCUAAGGACAUGUUUGGGUCCCAGCCACCCCUGGAGUUGAUACGUCUCUGGAUUGACUAUGGCUUCUGGUAUGAUCGUCUGAAGCAGACCAUCAAGCACAUUCGAGAUAUGUUCCUGAUGGCUGCUAUGGGCCCUCCUGGAGGUGGACGGACUGUUAUUUCCUCAAGGCUACAGAGUCGCUUCAACAUUAUCAAUAUGACCUUCCCCACUGAAUCCCAGAUCAUCCGGAUAUUUGGCACCAUGAUCAACCAGAAGCUUCAGGACUUUGAAGAAGAGGUAAAGCCCAUUGGGAACGUGGUGACUGAGGCUACCUUGGAUGUGUAUAAUACUGUGGUACAGCGUUUCCUGCCCACACCUGCCAAGAUCCAUUACCUCUUCAACCUUCGAGACAUCUCCAAGGUUUUCCAGGGCAUGCUUAGAGCCAACAAGGACUUCCAUGAUACCAAGUCCAGCAUCACGCGACUCUGGAUUCAUGAAUGUUUCAGAGUCUUCUCUGACCGACUGGUUGAUGCAACGGACAUGGAAGCCUUUGUGAACAUCUUAAGUGACAAACUCGGCAUCUUCUUUGACCUCACAUUUCAUAAUCUCUGUCCCAACAAACGUCCUCCUAUCUUUGGGGACUUUCUGAAGGAGCCAAAGGUCUAUGAAGACCUGACAGAUCUGACAGUACUGAAGACGACCAUGGAGACAGCCCUGAACGAAUAUAACCUGUCUCCCAGUGUCAUACCAAUGCAGCUAGUGCUCUUCCGAGAGGCCAUUGAACACAUCACAAGGAUUGUGCGGGUAAUCGGACAGCCUCGAGGCAACAUGCUCUUGGUGGGCAUUGGGGGCAGUGGACGGCAGAGUCUGGCUCGAUUGGCCUCUUCCAUCUGCGAAUACAACACAUUCCAGAUUGAGGUCACCAAACACUAUAGGAAACAGGAGUUCCGAGAUGAUAUCAAGCGUCUGUAUCGCCAGGCAGGAGUAGAUCUCAAGACCACAUCCUUCCUUUUUGUGGAUACCCAAAUUGCUGAUGAAUCCUUCCUAGAGGACAUUAACAACAUCCUUAGCUCAGGCGAAGUCCCCAAUCUCUACAAGUCGGACGAAUUUGAAGAGAUCCAGAGCCAAAUCAUAGAGCAGGCACGGGCGGAGCAGGUGCCAGAAUCUUCGGACAGCCUCUCCGCCUAUUUCAUUGAGCGUGUUCGGAACAACCUGCACAUUGUGCUCUGCCUCAGUCCCGUGGGGGACCCCUUUAGGAACUGGAUCCGCCAGUACCCAGCCCUGGUGAACUGCACAACUAUCAACUGGUUCUCAGAGUGGCCCCGAGAGGCCUUGCUAGAGGUGGCUGAGAAGUAUCUCAUGGGAGUGGAUUUGGGGGCACAGGAGAAUAUCCACAGGAAAGUGGCCCAGAUCUUCGUUACCAUGCACUGGUCCGUGGCUCAGUACUCCCAGAAGAUGUUAUUGGAAAUGCGAAGACACAACUAUGUCACACCCACAAACUACCUGGAGCUCGUGUGUGGAUAUAAAAAGCUUCUGGGAGAGAAACGUCAGGAGCUGCUGGACCAAGCCAAUAAAUUGCGGACUGGAUUGUUUAAGAUUGACGAAACAAGGGAAAAAGUACAAGUGAUGUCGUUGGAGCUGGAGGAUGCCAAGAGGAAGGUGGCUGAGUUCCAGAAGCAGUGUGACGAGUAUCUGGUCAUCAUCGUACAACAGAAGCGGGAGGCAGAUGAGCAGCAGAAGGCAGUCACAGCCAAUAGUGAGAACAUUGCUAUUGAGGAAAUCAAGUGUCAGGCACUGGCUGACAAUGCCCAGAAGGAUCUAGAGGAGGCGUUGCCCGCCCUUGAAGAAGCCAUGCGGGCCCUAGAGUCUUUGAACAAGAAGGACAUAGGGGAGAUCAAAUCUUAUGGACGACCCCCUGCUCAGGUGGAGAUGGUAAUGCAGGCAGUCAUGAUCCUUCGGGGCAAUGAGCCCACAUGGGCAGAGGCAAAACGGCAGCUAGGGGAGCAGAACUUCAUCAAGUCACUGAUCUAUUUUGAUAAAGACAAUAUCUCAGAUAAGGUGCUGAAGAAGAUUGGGGCCUACUGUGCCCAGCCUGACUUCCAGCCUGAUAUCAUUGGCCGAGUCUCCCUGGCGGCCAAGUCCCUCUGCAUGUGGGUGCGGGCCAUGGAGCUGUUUGGGCGACUGUAUCGCAUGGUAGAGCCCAAGCGGAUCCGAAUGAAUGCCACCAUGGUCCAGCUCCAGGAGAAGCAAGCAGCCCUAGCUGAGGCCCAGGAAAAGCUGCGAGAGGUGGCAGAGAAAUUGGAGAUGCUGAAGAAACAGUAUGAUGAGAAGCUGGCACAGAAGGAAGAACUUCGCAAGAAGUCUGAAGAGAUGGAGCUGAAGCUGGAGCGGGCAGGGAUGCUGGUGUCUGGGCUGGCUGGUGAGAAGGCCCGUUGGGAAGAGACUGUACAGGGCCUGGAUGGAGAUCUGGGCUGCCUGGUAGGUGACUGUCUGCUGGCAGCUGCCUUCUUGUCCUACAUGGGACCCUUUCUGACCAACUACCGGGAUGAGAUUGUCAACCAAAUCUGGAUCAAGAAGAUCUGGGAGCUUCAGGUUCCUUGUUCACCUCGUUUUUCCAUUGAUACCUUCCUGUCCAAUCCUACCAAAGUUCGUGACUGGAACAUCCAGGGAUUGCCCUCAGAUGCUUUCUCCACUGAGAAUGGCAUCAUUGUUACCCAGGGCAACAGGUGGGCUCUCAUGAUCGAUCCUCAGGCCCAAGCUCUGAAGUGGAUAAAGAACAUGGAAGGAAACCAGGGCCUAAAGAUCAUUGACCUGCAGAUGAGUGAUUACCUUCGUAUCCUAGAAAAUGCCAUCCAGUUUGGAUUUCCGGUGCUGCUCCAGAAUGUGCAAGAAUAUCUGGACCCCACGCUCAACCCUGUGCUCAACAAAUCUGUAGCUCGAAUUGGUGGACGGCUGCUAAUGUGCAUUGGUGACAAAGAGGUGGAAUACAAUCCCAAUUUCCGUUUCUACAUUACCACCAAACUCUCCAAUCCCCACUAUAGCCCGGAGACCUCAGCCAAGACCACCAUUGUCAACUUUGCUGUUAAGGAACAGGGCCUGGAGGCCCAACUGUUGGGCAUUGUGGUUCGGAAGGAAAGGCCUGAGCUUGAGGAGCAGAAGGAUUCACUGGUCAUCAACAUUGCUGCUGGAAAGAGAAAACUCAAGGAGCUGGAGGAUGAGAUCCUCCGCUUGCUGAACGAGGCCACAGGUUCUCUGCUAGAUGAUGUGCAGCUGGUGAACACCCUGCAGACAUCCAAGAUAACAGCCACUGAGGUAACUGAGCAACUGGAGACCAGUGAGACCACGGAGAUCAACAUUGACUUGGCCCGUGAGGCUUACCGCCCAUGUGCCCAACGGGCCUCAGUGCUGUUCUUCGUGCUCAAUGACAUGGGCCGCAUUGACCCCAUGUACCAGUUCUCCCUGGAUGCCUACAUCAGCCUCUUUAUCCUCAGCAUUGACAAGAGUCAUCGCAGCAAUAAACUGGAGGACCGCAUUGACUAUCUGAAUGACUACCACACCUAUGCUGUCUACAGAUAUACCUGCCGCACUCUUUUUGAACGCCACAAGCUACUGUUUAGUUUUCAUAUGUGUGCUAAAAUCCUGGAGACUUCUGGCAAGCUCAACAUGGAUGAGUACAACUUCUUUCUGCGUGGGGGUGUGGUCCUGGAUCGGGAAGGCCAAAUGGACAACCCAUGUACUAGUUGGCUAGCAGAUGCCUACUGGGACAACAUCACAGAGCUGGACAAACUGACCAACUUCCAUGGACUCAUGAACUCCUUUGAGCAGUAUCCUCGGGACUGGCACAUGUGGUAUACCAACGCUGCCCCCGAGAAAGCCACGCUGCCAGGUGAAUGGGAAAAUGCAUGCAAUGAGAUGCAACGAAUGCUGAUCAUCCGCUCCCUGCGCCAGGACCGAGUGGCAUUCUGUGUUACUUCUUUCAUUGUCUCGAACCUAGGCUCUCGCUUCAUUGAGCCACCUGUGCUAAACAUGAAGUUGGUGAUGGAAGAUUCAACCCCGAGAACUCCACUCAUGUUCAUCCUAUCCCCGGGUGUGGACCCCACCAGCGCUCUGCUCCAGCUGGCAGAACACACAGGCAUGGCCCAGCACUUCCAUGCCCUGUCCCUGGGCCAGGGCCAGGCUCCCAUUGCUGCUCGGCUCCUCCGAGAUGGUGUGAUUCAAGGACACUGGGUAUUCCUGGCAAACUGCCACCUGUCUCUGUCUUGGAUGCCUAAUCUGGACAAGCUAGUGGAACAGCUGCAAGUAGAGGACCCUCACCCUUCCUUCCGGCUCUGGCUCAGCUCCAGCCCCCACCCAGACUUCCCAAUCUCCAUUUUGCAGGCCAGCAUCAAGAUGACCACAGAGCCACCAAAGGGUCUAAAGGCUAACAUGACUCGUCUUUACCAACUGAUGACAGAACCACAGUUUACCCGUUGCUCCAAACCUUCCAAAUAUAAGAAGUUGCUGUUUGCACUCUGCUUCUUCCACUCUAUAUUACUUGAACGCAAAAAGUUCUUGCAGCUUGGCUGGAACAUUAUCUAUGGCUUCAACGACUCUGACUUUGAGGUGUCAGAGAACCUGCUGAGCCUCUAUCUGGAUGAGUAUGAGGAGACACCCUGGGAUGCACUCAAGUACCUCAUUGCUGGUGUCAACUAUGGUGGACAUGUCACAGAUGACUGGGAUCGGCGCCUGCUCUCCACCUACAUCAAUGAUUAUUUCUGUGACCAGGCUCUAAGAACUCCUUCCUACCGGUUGUCUGUAUUGGAGACUUAUUUCAUCCCAAAGGAUGGGAGCAUGGCCUCUUACAAAGAAUAUAUCAGCUUGCUGCCCAGUAUGGACCCCCCUGAGGCCUUUGGCCAGAACCCCAAUGCUGAUGUGGCCUCCCAGAUCACUGAAGCCCGAACCCUCUUUGAGACUCUCCUUUCCUUGCAACCCCAAAUUACACCCACUAGGGUUGGUGGCCAGAGCCGGGAAGAGAAGGUCCUUGAGUUAGCCACUGAUGUGAAACAGAAGAUUCCUGAAAUGAUCGACUAUGAGGGGACCCAAAAGCUGCUGGCUCUUGACCCUUCCCCGCUCAAUGUGGUCCUACUGCAGGAGAUCCACAGAUACAACAAGUUGAUGAGGACCAUCUUGUCCUCACUGACAGACCUAGAGAAGGGUAUCCAGGGUCUCAUCGUCAUGUCAACAAGUCUGGAAGAGAUUUUCAAUUGCAUCUUUGAUGCCCAUGUUCCUCCACUCUGGGGAAAGGCUUAUCCCUCACAAAAGCCACUGGCUUCAUGGACCCGGGACCUGGCUGUUCGUGUAGAACAGUUUGAGCUGUGGGCCAAUCGGGCCCGGCCUCCUGUGAUAUUCUGGCUGUCUGGCUUCACCUUUCCCACUGGCUUCCUCACUGCUGUGCUGCAGUCCUCAGCACGACAAAACAAUAUUUCAGUGGACACACUUUCUUGGGAGUUUAUCGUUUCCACCGUGGAUGACAGCAACCUGGUGUAUCCACCCAAGGAUGGUGUCUGGGUUCGGGGCCUGUACCUGGAGGGUGCUGGCUGGGACCAAAAGAACUCUUGCUUGGUGGAGGCAGAGCCCAUGCAGCUGGUCUGCCUCAUGCCCACCAUUCACUUCCGUCCAGCAGAGAGCCGCAAGAAGAGUGCCAAGGGCAUGUACUCCUGUCCCUGUUACUACUAUCCCAACCGGGCAGGCAGUACAGAUCGAGCCUCCUUUGUCAUCUGCAUCGAUCUCAGAUCUGGAGCCAUGACAUCUGAUCACUGGAUCAAGAGGGGCACUGCUCUACUGAUGAGCCUGGACAACUAAAGAGGCCCUCUUUUCUUCCCUGCUGGGGAGGGUCGAGAGCGCGAAGACGGAUAUAGCACCUUGAACUAAAGCUGGAUCUCAGGCUUUUUUACCUUAGGAGACAGGCCUAGUGGCAUUAGCUUUAAUUUGAAGGUAGAAGAGUUGUAUUGGAGCUCAGCGCAGUAAAAACGUCCAA